GAAACUUUCACGAUUCUAUACAAAAUUAAGUUUUACGCGUAAUUAAUCGGUUAAUUUUAAAAAAUAAUUAAAUAGGUCAGUGGCCUAUAUUUGAUACCAAAUUGAAAGAUUAGGGAUUAUUAGACACUUUGUGAGUUCGCCGGUCUAUUAAAUAUAAAAUUGAAAAUUCAAUGACCUAUUAGGCACAAAAUUGAAAAUUCAAAGAUCUAAAAUUGAAACUUUACGAUUCUAUUAGAUACAAAAUUAAAUUUCACGCCUAAUUGAUCCGUUGAUUUUUAAAAAUAAUAAAAUAGGUCAGUGGCCUGUAUUUGAUACCAAAUUGAAAGAUUAGGGAUUAUUAGAUACUUUUUGAGUUUGCGGGACUAUUAGACAUGAAAAUUCAAUGACCUAUUAGAUACAAAAUUGCAAAUUCAGGGAUCAUAGAUCUAAUAAUAGUCUUCAACUAAACUUAUAAUUUAAUCCAAAAAAAAAGAAAAAAAAAAUCCCUUCAACCCUAUGAAUACUCCUCGACCAAUUGAAUUCAAACACAUAAACCAAAUCAAAUGUCUUGUUGUUCUUCUUCUCCCCUUUCUUCCAAGGCUUCAACAUUUCUCCUCUACCUCCUCCUUGUAAUCACAUCUCUAAAAAUCCUUAAUCUCACUUUAAAUCUCCUUUCCAAUGGCUUCAACAGCUUGCCCACUUUUAUUUUCUCCCUAUUCUUCAAAUCCACACCUUGUGUUCUUAUUUCCUUUAUAAAGCUCCCUGCCCAAGCCCUCCUCAGCGCAUUUCAGCAGCUUGCACAAGCCAUGAGGGCUGUUCUCAUGUACACAAUAGAGAUGGGUUUGGGAAUCAUAACUUCUUUUGUGCUUAUGGUGCUCGAGUUUCUCAAGAAUGCCGUUUUCGGUUCGAUUUUGGAGUCUGGUUCGAUCUUUGGUGGCCUGGUGGAGAAGACAAAGUCGUCGUUUAUGGAGAGUUCGAUGACGGAUCAAGUGCGGGAGAUUAUCGAGAGCAUUUCGAAGAAGAUCAUCGACAUGGCUCUGGAAACAGCAAGCUCUUUUGCAGGCAGCAUGUUCGACUUUGUGAAGGACACCAUCCUUGAGUUGUUGAAUGAGCCUAGUUCAGCCAUCGGAGAGCUGGUAGAGAAGAUGAAGGAGGCAUUGGCAGGCAGCUCGGCCAUGGACGGGGUGCGGGAGAUUGUUCAAAACUUCUUAAGCAAGAUGAUCGGUGCGGGAUCGGGAGUGGCGAGUUCUUCGGCCAGUGGUUUGUUUGAAUUUGUGAAGAAUGCUUUGAGUUUGGCUGUUGAAUCUGGUCUCACUGUUGGAGGCUUAUUGGAGAAGAUGAAGGAAUCUUUGGAGGUUCUAAGUAUGGAAGGACUACGAGGGAUAAUUGAGAGUAUUUCCAAGAUAAUUUUGGAUGUCAUUUUUAGCUAUUUAUUUGGCUAAAUCUAAGAUUUUUCUUCUAUUUAAAUUCUAA